AUGUUCCGCUUCAGCAAGACCCUUGACCCAAUAACCCUCUUCCACUCCCCGUCCGUCGCCUCCAGCACUCGGGCCUUGAACAUUCUAAAACAAGCCUCGACCAACGCCUCCGAAACAGCAACGGAAGACCAAGCAAGCGACUACUCCUCGCAUGCGAAGCAGCAGCGCGGCGAGUUCGAGCUGGAGGUCACCACCAACCCCCCGACGACGGAUCAGCUGCGCAAUAUCCUGGAUUAUAUUUCGCCUGUUAGCGGGACGGGACCGCAGGGCGGUAAGGCCACUUAUGGCGUUUCCGAGCUUGUGAAGGGAGCGAAGGAUGCGGAGGAUGCGAUUAAGAAGUUUAAGGAGGAUGGGGGAAGCUUUGUUAGGCCUGUCACUGUCGACUGGGUGAAUGGCAGAGCCGUUAUUGGAGAUGGCGAGUCGGAGAUCCUGAAGAUGGUGCGCCAGCUUCCCGAGAACUGA